CGGAGCAAAGUGUGCGCUGUGGCCAGCAGCAGGCAGCAGUCUCUAAGGCGAACUGUGUGCGAAAAACAUGGCGAUAGCAGCUAGCAGCAGCAGCAGCAGCAGCAGCAGAUGGGCGUCGAAGGCCUGAAGUUAUAAGAGUGUUGGUGCUCCUGCGGCUCGGACGUUUUGCGACUGACAAGCUCUCAUUGUUGACUAUUGUUUAUCGUGCGUCGUGCUUCUGGGCCUGUCGUCGUGCAACGAGACUCGUGCGCGACGUUCUGUUUGAUCGGAAAGCUUGCGAACAUUUUUUUAUUUAUGCUUUCAAGUACUCCGAAAGUCGAGUGUCCGCUGAUUUUCUGGUCAUCGGGAUACGUUUUUACACGAGUGCGGUAGAUUUGUAGAAGCAACAACGCAGCGCGCUGCCGACCGCUGCUGCAUCGUCAUAUAUAUCAAUACCAGUAUACGUGCGUACGUACGUGAUAUACCUACACAUCGAGUAGUGCAUUCUUCGAGCAGUGUCAAUCAUCGCACGCACACAUACAUGUACAUAUCGUAUCUCGUGUUUUUCAUAGGCUUGCUCAAGUUGAAGCUCAGUUACGCAGUUUCGAGCGACGUACAGUAUAUCUAUACGCACAAGCAUACGCCUCUCAUCUGAUACAUCGUCGAUCACAUGUAUGAAAGGUAUGUGAGCGUAGUAUACAGCAUCGCUCGAUUUCACACCAGUGUAAAAACCGACAGUGCAGUCAGAUCGUAAAGACAGAAUUGCGGAGAUAUGCUCCGCGACGAGUUUUAACAUACGGAAAGUCUUUGUGCCAGUGCCAGAUAGGCUGCCUUGCCGUGCGAGUUAAUAGCUGCCAGAAGACUCGUGAACAUCGUCAUAUCAGUAAUUUAUUAUAUAUAUACAUAUUCACACAAACAAAGAGCCGAGAAGAAAUUACGUUGUUAUAGGAUAGCAGCAUCAUUAUGGCUCGAGAUUACGAUCACUUGUUCAAGCUCCUCAUCAUCGGAGACAGCGGUGUUGGAAAGAGUUCUUUGUUACUGCGAUUUGCUGACAAUACAUUUAAUGGAAAUUACAUUACAACAAUAGGUGUGGAUUUCAAAAUACGCACUGUAGAAUUAGAUGGAGAACGUGUAAAAUUACAAAUUUGGGAUACAGCUGGUCAAGAACGAUUUCGAACAAUAACAUCAACAUAUUACAGAGGAACACAUGGCGUUAUAGUUGUGUACGAUGUAACAAGUGGAGAUUCAUUUGCCAAUGUUAAAAGAUGGCUUCAUGAAAUUGAACAUAACUGCGAUGUUGUAGUUAAUAGGAUUUUAGUUGGGAAUAAGAAUGAUGAACCAGAUCAAAAAGUUGUUUUGACAGAAGAUGCUCAAAGAUUUGCUAAUCAAAUGGGAAUUAAAUUGUUUGAAACAUCUGCCAAGGAUAAUACAAAUGUUGAGGAGAUGUUUAUGGCAAUCACACGUGAGGUUUUAAAAACAAAAAAAGAAAGCAAAGAAAGACAGGCAACUAAAACCAAUGACAUAGUCAAUCUGCGGAAAAGUACCAAACAGCAUAGGAAAAGAUGUUGUUAGCAACAUUAUUGUCUAUUAGAUAGAUUAUGAAAAUACUAUUGUUUUGUUUAACAGGCAUACAGAGUAAGACAGAAAGCAUGUUAUAAAUGGAAUGGACAUGAAUUGCCAUAAAUGUUUUCAAUGUUACCAAGACAACACUGUGAAUUUUUCACCAAUAAUGCAUUUUUACUCAUGUUGAUAACAUUUUUUCCUAAAUACCUUUUUAUAAAGGUAAUUAUGUAAUUAUAGCUUGAAUAAAUUUUGGAAAAAAUUUUUUUAACUAUGGUACAUUGUAAUAUGUUGCCGAUUUUAAAUAUGCUACUUGUAAAAAUAAAGUCAAUUUGACUGUUGAACAUUGAAAAAUUUUAAAUUAAAAAAUUGACUACAUGAAGUUUGGUAUCUGUUACAAGAUAUAUACAAAAUUGAAUACAUUUAUAAUUUGCAAUUUUUUUACACAAAAAUAAUAUACAAAGUAAUUAUGACUGUUUGUAAAUGUUAUGAAAUAACAUACUUUACAAUAAAAGUAGAUCUGGGAGUUGAGAUUUAUUAUGAAAAUGAAACAAAAUGAGUUUCUUAGUCCAACAAUCAAUAUCUAGUUGAAGCUGAUAACUAAAAAUUGCACAAAUUUCAUUUUUAUUAUGACGUGAUGAGCGUUGAUUUUUAGUCGAACAACUAAAUGCCAAUAUAGUUAGAAAGUAUGUAUAUUCACAUGUAUGUUAGCAUGUUUAUUCACAAGUAUGAAAGAAAAUUUUACAAGUAGGGUGCUAAUUAUAAUAUCAGAAACUUUUUGAUAAAUAUGAUAUUUUUUACGAAUGACGUUCCUUAAAUUCAUUACGCAACACGUUCUGACACUUUUAAUGAAAUGGCCGAAUGAGGACAAACAUUUUUAAAUGUAAAAUUUUGUUGCCAUAAAUGUCGAUAUGAUAAUGUGUAUUUUAUGUUACUGAGCCUGAUAUGAAUUUAUCAAAAAACACAUUAAAGCUUCCAUAAGAUGAAUGAAAGUGAAAAAAGUGAAUAAAAAUUAUCAGACCACUUGAGACAGAAGCAUAUGAUAAAAUUUAGUUAUUAAUGGCAGUGUUGUAUAGAAAAUUCAUAAUAAAGUGAAUCGUUUCGCUAUACAGUAAAGCAACAGGAAACAGGCAGACUUAGUCGCGUAACAUUUUGUAUGUGUAGGGCCAGUGUCCAACCAUGACAAAAUCUGUCUGUAUUAAUCUGUGAUAAUAGUUAAAAUGCAUCUUGUUUCGUGAAUCCAGGCCGGUUUCUCGGUUUUUAUUUGCAAAAAAAAAAAAAAAAAACGAUCGCUUGAGCUAAAUUCAAACGAAAGAUGCUUUUUUCAAAGAAUUCGUAAUAGAAUAAGAUUUUGCUGUGUACUUGAGACAGAAAAUAUGUCAAUGUAUUAAAUGCAAAAAAGCAAAAAAUGACUUCAAAUUUAAUUUUUUCUCUAACCCCUUGACAAUUUUUCACUUUGUUAUGUUUUAAGACCAAUGAAUUUGAUUUACAUCAUUCAUUGUAAAUCGUGUAUUAAUUUUGUAUUGUAAAAAUGGUCAUGCCUGAUUUAAUUAGAAAUUUAAUUGUAAUUUUUCAAUUGACUGAAAUGAUAAGUGUUUAAUAAAUGUGUAAUCGAUUUAUUGUA